AUGGCGGACAGUGCAGAUGUGCAGGCGAGUGCGGGCGCGCUUUCCGCCAAUGGCAACGGUACCGAUCAUGAAGAGACCAAUGGUAUACGUGAGGCAAUUGAGGCGGCAGGGGGUGGUAACAAAUUCCAGCAGGCAGUGGCAGCAUGGCGGGCUCUUAACCUGACCAAGCUGGUCUCCACGUUAGACACUGUUGCUUCAGACUUGGUCGAGCAUCAAAGAGAGUCGUUGGUGCAGCGAAAGGAGCUGGCGCAGAAGACGAAGGACUUCCGGAAGCUCGAAGACGCAGCGAAGUUAGUGGAGUUGAAGGACAUGCUGAAAGCUUACCAGACCUACAUUGAUGCGCUCACGAACCACUCAAAGGCUGUACAGACGGCAUUCAUGCAGGCGUACUCGCCUCUGAGCGAAGCGCCCGAUCCGUACCCACUGCUGGAAGCCAGCAUUGACUCUCUGGUGACGGCGGAUGAGGUGAUGCCAAAGCUGGAGGCAGAGAAUGAGCGUCUACACAAGCAAGUCACGAAGCUCACUAGUGAGUUGGAGGAGACAGAGAAACAGCUGGAGGAUGAGAGGACGAAGAGGCAGUCGUUUGAAGGCUCGCAGGACAGUAGGCUUAAAGAGGUAGAAGACUCUUGGUCUGCUGUGUUACGAGAAAAAGAAGAGAACUGGUCGUCGCGAGAGCGGAAUUUAGAAGAGAAGGUGGAAAACCAAGAUCGGCUGCUAAAGGAAUUGAAGGCCAGCUACGAGGUCUCGCAGCGUUUGGACCGCUCCGGUGGAGAGCCUGAGGAUGCGACCAGAAGUGGUGCUGCGCAAGCCGAACUGGAACUGGUCUCCUCCGAGUUGGAGAGGGCCAAUGUGCGACUCGCAGAGCUCGAGGCGCGGAAUGAGCAGCUACGUGUUGACUUGGCGCAAUCGACUGGCCAAGCACAAAGCUUGAGCAGAGGCACAGCGAUCGAAGACGACCCUGCCUUUUCACGACUACGCUCCGAGAACCAAUCUCUUAUGCGUAGACUUGACGCCUCGCGCUACGAGAAGGACGCCGAGAGGAGCAACAUCGAGGGCAAGCUUCGGAGUCUGGAACGCGAGGUAGGCGGUCUGAAAGCGGACCGGGACGCCUUGCAGAGUAAAGUGCGGAAGUGGAGUGACUAUGAUGAGGUGAAGCGCGAGCUGGACAUGCUGAGAGCCAUAGAAUUCGCAACCGUGGGCGACGAGGAUGGCGGAGAGGACGCUGACACAGACCAAGUGAACGGGGCAAGCAUCAAAGGCAAAGAGGACAGCCUAGAGCAGCUCUUGUUGGCCCGCAACAAGAAGCUGAGCAAUGAGCUUACAGAGUUGCGAGUGUCGCAUAAUGAACUCAUACAGCGGCUGGAGCUUCUGCAAGAAGAUCUGUCAAAUACAAACAUGGAGCUCGAGAAGACGCGUAACUUGAAUGCGACGCUGGAGAGCGAUCUUCAGAAGACGCAGCAAGAAGCAUCAAAUGCUUUCGAGACGAUGUCCGUAGCCGGCACGCAUGUAUCGCGGUAUCCAGCGCGGUCGACAUAUGGCAGCAGGAGAGGCGGAGGCACGUCACCAACCUCAUCCAUCAUCGGCGGGCUUGAUCCGUCAUUCGGUUCAGGGUCGCCACGAGGCGGCGAAAGCGGUGCAGGUAUCCUCCCAAUGGUCACAGCCCAGCGUGACCGGUUCAAGAAGAAGAUCAGUGAGCUCGAACAAGAGCUGCAGAAGCAGUAUCAGUCCGUCUCGUCGCUUCGGUCUGAGGUGGCGUCCUUGCAACGCGACAACCUCACCUUGUAUGAAAAGACGCGGUACGUCUCGACCUACAAUCGCGCUCAGCCGACCACCUCCGGCUCCUCAUACGGACCGAAUCCGAAUCCUUCAACCAUCUCAAUGGGCGUGAACGAGACCGAUCAACGCUACCGCUCUGCAUAUGAGUCAAACAUUUCGCCCUUCGCGGCUUUCCGGUCCCGCGAGAGUACGCGAGCGAUGAAGCGAAUGUCACUGCCUGAGCGAGCGGUCUGGCAGAUGACGCGGAUGGUGCUCGCUACGAGGACCAGCAGGAAUUUAUUUGCAGGUUAUUGUCUGGCAUGCCAUCUCUUGAUCUUAAUGAUGCUCUACUGGUGGGCAACAGUGGACAUUGAGAAGCAUUCUACCAGAGUGGGAACUGGCGGACCUGGCGGCUGGGAGCCGGAAGGGAUGCCAAGCUAG